ACAGAGCUUUUUCUUUCUUGAGAACUAUUGAAAUAGUACUAUGAAUGGUGAAACCAGAGCAGAGGUGGUAACUUCACCACCCCCAACAGCUCCUCAUAAAGAGAGAUAUUUUGAUAGAGUUGAUGAAAAUAACCCUGACUACUUGCGAGAGAGGAAUAUGGCCCCUGACCUUCGCCAGGAUUUCAAUAUGAUGGAACAGAAGAAGAGAGUAUCCAUGAUUCUUCAAAGUCCAGCAUUUUGUGAAGAAUUGGAAUCGAUGAUCCAGGAACAAUUUAAGAAAGGAAAGAAUCCAACAGGCUUGCUGGCUUUACAACAGAUUGCGGACUUCAUGACAGCAAAUGUUCCCAAUGUCUACCCAGCAGCUCCUCAAGGAGGCAUGACUGCCUUAAAUAUGAGUCUUGGUAUGGUAACCCCUGUGAACGAUCUCCGGGGAUCAGAUUCCAUUGCUUAUGAGAAAGGAGAGAAGUUACUGCGGUGCAAGUUGGCAGCUUUCUACAGACUUGCUGAUCUCUUUGGCUGGUCCCAGCUUAUUUACAAUCACAUCACCGUCAGAGUAAACUUGGAACAAGAACAUUUUCUGAUUGUGCCUUUUGGACUUCUGUAUAGUGAGGUUACUGCAUCCAGUUUGGUUAAAGUAAAUUUUCAAGGUGAUGUGGUUGAUCGUGGAAGCACUAAUUUGGGAGUUAAUCCAGCUGGUUUCACGUUGCACUCCGCCAUUUAUGCUGCCCGACCGGACGUAAAGUGCAUUGUUCAUAUUCACACUCCAGCCGGAGCAGCGGUAUCUGCAAUGAAACGUGGUCUCUUGCCCAUCUCACCGGAGGCUUUGUCUCUCGGAGAAGUGGCUUACCACGAUUACCAUGGAAUUCUUGUGAAUGAGGAGGAGAAAGCCUUGAUUCAGAAGAAUCUGGGCCCCAAAAGCAAGGUUCUCAUACUCAGAAACCAUGGCUUGGUAUCAGUUGGAGAAAGUGUGGAAGAGGCUUUCUAUUAUAUUCGCAAUUUGGUUGUGGCAUGUGAGAUCCAAGUACGAACGCUGGCAAGUGCAGGAGGGGCAGACAACUUAGUGCUAUUGGAUCCUAGCAAAUAUAAAGCCAGGCCUCACUGUCAUGAGUCUGCAGCAGGGGAGGGGACAGCAUCUUACCCCAAGUGGCAAACUGGAGAACAGGAAUUUGAAGCCCUUAUGCGAAUGCUCGAUAAUUUGGGCUACAGGACUGGCUAUCCUUAUCGAUGCCCUGCUCUGAGGGAGAAGACUAAAAAAUACAGUGAGGCGGAGAUUCCUGCUACCGUCACGGGGUACUCUUUUGCUAGUGAUGGGGACUCGGGCACUUGCUCUCCUCUGAGGCAUAGUUUUCAGAAACAGCAGCGAGAGAAGGCAAGGUGGCUAAAUUCUGGCCGAGGGGAUGAUACAGCUGAAGAAGGGCAGGAUGGCGGCAGCCCCAAGUCGAAGACUAAGGUGUGGACGAACAUUACACACGAUCACGUGAAACCCUUGCUGCAGUCUCUCUCGUCCGGUGUCUGCGUGCCAAGCUGUAUUACCAACUGCUUGUGGACUAAAGAGGAGGGCCAUAGGACUGCCCCAUCCGCCACCCAAAACCUGUUCGUUCCGUUGAACACUAACCCAAAGGAGGUCCAAGAAAUGCGGAACAAGAUCAGGGAACAAAACCUGCAAGACAUUAAAACGGCUGGCCCACAGUCUCAAGUCCUUUCCGGGGUUGUAGUGGACAGGAGCCUCGUCCAGGAUGCUCCCCUCUCAGACUGUACGGAAACAAUUGAAGGGCUCGAUCCCACAGAGCAGGCCUUUAGUCCAGCUAAAUCUGUCUCUGUUAGAAAGGGAGAGUUGGUGACUGCAUCAAAGGCCAUCAUUGAGAAAGAGUACCAGCCACGAGUCAUCAUCAGCACGACUGGGCCGAACCCUUUCCACAAACUCUCAGACCGAGAACUGGAGGAGUACCGCAGAGAGGUGGAACGGAAGCAAAGGCGGUCAGAAGACGAUUCUGAAGAUGGCAGACAGCAGGGAGACAGGAGCUCUCCGGACCAAACUCUUGCUUGCACCCCACCCAGCACUCCGGUAAAACUCGAGGAAGCCAUCUGUGGGCCUUUGUCUUCCCCAUGUGAUUUGCCUGCCAAGAUCAGAGUGCCCAGCUCUUCAGGGUACUCCAGCCCAUUCCCUUUUCUUGUUAAUUAAAAAGACAUGGCCUAUAAACCAGGAAUCUGAAAGACUGGGGGUAUAGGCGUGGCCACUGUGGAUGAACACAUGCAGUUUAGGUUGUUGGGAUUGUUUGCCUUUGAUAGCAACAAGGGCAACAGAUCUGGAAGUAGUUUGGUCUUCUCUCUGCAGUCAUGAUUUUGGGAAGGAAGGUCUCCUGCACCUCAGUGGUUUUUGCAGGAUAAUUAAGUCUAUACCAGCUGAUGAGGAAAUACGUCUAUUUUUUUCCUGAAAAUAUACGGAGCAUUUUUCCGACACUAUUGAAUUGUUCCAAUAUUCAAUAAGGUUAUGAUCUGAUCUAAUCUGAUCUUCCUUUCCUCAAAUUUUCCAUUAGCAUAAGGUUUUUUCAUGGUAGAUAUAAAAUGUAUAUUAUAUUAGAAUUGGCUCCUAAGAAAUUAUGGAACUAAAACCAGGCCAUCAACAAUAUUGGGGAAAUUCUGUUUCUUGUUUUGUCAUAGUGUACAUCCUUGCAUAUUCUGAAUCCUGACUUUUCAGGAAAUUAGUCACCAAAUUGGAACAGAUUCUAAACUCCUGGGGACUUCCGGGGCACGUCCAUGCAGUUUUCUUGGCCACAGGAUAGAAGUGCUUUUCUGUUGCCUUCUUUUCCGCUUCCCGUCUCGCCUCCGGCCUGGGCUCUCCUGGGUCUGAUCAGCCCAGUUCUGCCCCCAGGAAAUGGCGACCAGGUCCGAAGUCUGUUUGGGCCGGAAUGCUGAAACGCCGCGGGGGCUGUCCAUCAGGCGUGGGUGGCAGCCCUCAUGGACAGGUGUUCCCGCUAGCCAGCCGAGGGAUGCCUCUGUCCGCUCGGCCGGGGAGUCACUCCAGCAGGGAAUCGGGAGUCCGGGAUGGGCUGAUGCAUGGCGCUGCCUCUCCCUGGAGAGAGAGGGGGAGGAAGGGCGGUGGGGGGAGAGGCUGCGGGAUCAGGCUGAGGUCUGGGUCGGGCAUUUCUGUAGCGUUUCUGCAGUUGGCCUCUGCGCUUCUGUUUUAACUUAGGCAGAAAGAUGUCUUUCCCCUCAGGUCUCUGCUCAAUGAGGCCAAGGCCAGAGACAUCUUUCAAUGAUAUUUUGUGACUUGGUAAACAUCAGGUGAAUGUGCAACCAGUAGAAGUCUUUCUUUUCUUUGUACCCUGGGAUUUGCCAGCUGUCUG